UGAGUGACGUAACCACAUGCGCCCGACAGAGCGCUCCACGAGGAGUCCAAGCGCUCGAUUUCGCCGCUUUAAAGGCAGAAAAAGCUUUCAGAUAAACACCCCGAGCUUUACCAGCUCCACUUCUCACUGUGACGGUCGACCUGAUCAUAUUCGGCCGGGAAUAAAUGGCAACCUUCGCGUCCCUCGGCCUGUCCGAGUGGCUGGAGCAGCAGUGUAAACAAAUGGGCAUCACUCGGCCGACCCCUGUACAGGAGAACUGUGUACCGGCUAUUUUAGAAGGUCGGGAUUGUAUGGGCUGUGCAAAAACUGGAAGCGGCAAAACGGCAGCUUUUGUUUUACCAGUCCUCCAAAAACUGUCUGAGGAUCCCUAUGGUAUCUUCUGCUUGGUAUUGACACCCACAAGAGAACUGGCUUAUCAGAUAGCGGAACAGUUCCGGGUGCUGGGGAAACCACUGGGUUUGAAAGACUGCAUCAUUGUUGGAGGGAUGGACAUGGUGACCCAAGGUUUGGAGCUGUCAAAAAAGCCACACAUUGUUGUCGCUACACCAGGAAGAUUAGCAGAUCACAUCAGGAGUUGUGACACCUUUAACAUGAAGAGAAUCAAAUUUUUAAUCCUGGAUGAAGCAGAUCGUUUGCUUGAGCAGGGAUGCACAGACUUCACCAAGGACUUGGAAGUUAUUCUCAGUGUUGUGCCAGCAAAACGGCAAACACUGCUGUUCAGUGCCACCCUGACGGAUACACUGCAGGAGCUGAAAAACAUUGCCAUGAAUGAGCCUUUUUUCUGGGAAAACAAGUCAGAGGUCCGGACAGUGGAAGAGUUGGAUCAAAGAUACAUCCUUACACCUGAGAAAGUUAAAGAUGCUUACUUGGUGCAUCUUAUUCAAAAAUUCCAAGAUGAACAUGAAGACUGGUCAAUCAUGAUUUUCACCAACACAUGCAAGAAUUGCCAAAUUCUCACAAUGAUGCUUCGGGAAUUCAAAUUUCCUACAAUCUCCUUGCAUUCCAUGAUGAAACAGAGACAACGGUUUGCAAACCUUGCCAAGUUCAAGUCCAAUGUCUUCAAGAUCCUGAUAGCCACAGAUGUUGCUGCCAGGGGUCUGGAUAUUCCUACAGUGCAAGUUGUCAUCAAUCAUAAUACUCCAGGCUUGCCUAAAAUCUACAUUCACAGAGUGGGCAGGACUGCCCGUGCAGGGAGAAAUGGUGUUUCGAUUACACUGGUUACACAGUAUGACAUUCAUCUGGUCAACACCAUUGAGGAGAAAAUCCAGACCAAGCUAAAAGAGUACCCAGUGGAAGAGAAAGAGGUGCUAAAGAUCCUUACCCAAGUAAAUGUGAUGAGACGCCAGUGUGAAAUCAAACUGGAGUCAACAGACUUUGGCGAGAAAAACGAGAUCAACAAAAAGAAGCAGAUGAUUCUGGAAGGGAAAGAUCCUGACCUGGAAGAGAAGAGAAAGCAUAAGCUUGCCAAGAUGAAAAAAGAAAAAAAGGAAUCAAAGGGGAGAAUUCAGGAAAUCAUCCAGAAGAAGAAAGGAAAGAUGCUGAAAAAGAAAGGAAAGAAUACCAGAGAGACUCCUCCAGGACCCUCAUAAUUUUGCAAUUUUUGCAUUGACUGCUGUAACUCUUGUGUACAUACUAAUAAAUCUUUCUUUUUAUGUAUUGACCAAUUUGAUUAUACUGUAAUGAAGUUAUUUUAAAAUG